AUGGAUCGAGUGAGAGCUAGAAAUCUAUUUCUUCCUGGAGAAAGAAUUGCAGUCAGUGAAAGAAGUUCCAAGUACUACGUGGUAGUUUCUUCUCGGUCUUUUCUGGUUUUCUUCACCAAACACGGAAGAGAUCCACAGGGGAAGGGAGAUGGAGGAGAUGGACAAAAUCCUGUGCGACGAGCUCCUCGAAGAAGUCCUCCGCCGCCUCCCGCCGCGUUCCACUUUUUCCCCCUCCACCGCCGAUGUCUCCCUCGUCUCCAAGCGGUGGCUCCGCCUCUACCGCUCUUCCAGAUCCACAAUCUCUCUCCGCCUCACCCCAGACAACUGUACGCCCCAAUCCCUCUCCUCUUUCCUCUGUCACUUCCCCCGCCUCUCCUGCCUCCUCAUCACCAUCUUCUCCGAUCGUCUCCUCUCCUCCGUCGCCUCUUCCUGUACCCCCAAGCUGACACGUCUCUGCCUCCAACCCAACCCAGUCCCUCUCUCCCCUCUCCUCUCUCUCUCCACCUCAUGCCCUCACCUCACUUCUCUCUCAUCUCCCUCUCCCCAUCCCUCUCUUUCCACUGGCUCCUCCACUUCCCCUCUCUUCAACAACUCGACGUCGUCUUCGCCUCCCUCCCCACCGAAUUCGAAUACGUCGAUGCUGCUUCCAAGGGGAACAACCUCGACGGCGAGCUCAAAUUAGAAACCCUAACUCUUGAAGGGAUCGGACGUGGCAAUUACAAUCUCGAUGGGCUGUGGAAAAGCUGUAAAAAGCUUAACAAACUGCAGCUGCGUCGCUGCCACGGGAUUGGCGAUGACACGUCGGUUUCGUCGUUCAAUAAUUGCUUGAAGGGCCUCCAAGAAGUGGAAUUGAGGUGUUGUGGAUCCAUAGUUAAUGAUAUUUUAACGAGAUUGGUAGAGAGUUGUACGUCUCUGAACUCCCUGUUAAUCCGCUCUCGCGACUACGGUUACAGAGAGGGGUUGCUGCAAUUCAUUACUCACAGCAGUUGUAAUUUGCAAAAACUAGAUCUAUAUUUACCUCAUGACCUCCAAGACAAUCACUUAUUGGCCGUGGCUGAGAAGUUCAGUGGCUUGUUGUUUCUUCGGUUAGAAAAUUGUCUUCUUGUUUCGCAUGAAGGGCUAACGACUAUGGCGUUAGCCAUGAGUAAUAGUAAUAAGCUUGAAGAAUUGGCUUUGAUAUAUUGCAACAUGGAACCUGGGUUGUUGACCACUUUAGGACAGAGUUUUAGAAAUUUGAGGAAGUUGGACUUGUCUUAUAGUUACAAGUUGGCGGAUGAAGAGUUUAUAUUGAUGCUUGCGUCGUUGAAUUGUUUGAGGGAAUUGAACGUGAGGGGGUGUGAAGGAUUGACAAAUGCAUCUGUGGUUUCAAUGUUUUAAGAGUUGUGAGCAGUUGGAGACUGUAGAUCUAGUGAGUUGUGAUGGGAUCGAGGCAGAGGCUGUUGAGUUAUUUGUUUUGAAUUGUGUGCGGUUGAGGCAAAUAUGUGUUGAAGAAAGCAAGCUUUCAGAUGUUUCCAGGUCGUGGGCUUCAAAGAAGUUCAUUGAGGUUAUUUUUGAUGAAUGAUUCGGAAGGGGGAGCACAGAAGAAAGAUCAUUUUAUGGUUUCUUUAGAGUUGCAAAUCGAUGCAGGUAAAAUGUCUCCGUACAUCUCAAAAGUUUCUAGUAGUACCCCUACUGGAUACACGAAUAAUGUACAUUUCAUGAACUUAAGUAUUAUUAUUGCUGUGAUUUAUGCUGCAAUGCUCUUCUUUGGCAUAAUGUUGCGGCAUCUGUUAUAUU